UCUUUGGUUUUUCUCUACAUUUUUAGUUAGCUUUCUACGCUACUUAUUCUUCUAACCUCAAAUUAAAUGUAGUAUUUAGCUUGAUAAUGGUUGAUUCUGUGGUAAUAUUAAUAAAAGUCAAAUAUGAAAAACUGAUUUCUUUUCCAAUUCUAUUAUUAUUUUUAUUGUGAUGGUUAACUAGUUGCUUGAGAUUAGGGUUUGAAUUGGCCUUGAGUUUCUGUUUGGUAUAAGUUUCUUUAGGUGAAAGUUUCAUUUUUUACAUGUGGAAAAAGGAGCUUAUUUGGUUUAGAUUUUAUAAUCAUCUGUGUAGGAUGAAUAAGACUCAGUUUUAGUUAUGGUGGAUCAGCUUCUGGUGUGGCUACAUGCCCAGUGAUUUGUGUUGGUUAUUGGUUGUACUGUUUGGUUAUAAAGGUUUGGGUUGAACUUAAAGAUCUGUGCUAUUUGUUUUGUGGGUCCAAAGAGGACUCUUCACUGUUAUGAUAUUCUGCCAUUAUUAUUAUCAGUCUUUUUUAAUCUCAUUUUAUUUUUGUGGUUUCUAAUUUUAGUCCAAGUUCCUUAUUGAGGAAAGCCGUAAGGAGCAAAUCAAGAGUUGGAUUAUGACCGAUGUAAAUGAAAAAUGGAAAAGUUAUAAAAAUGAGCUAAAAAGUGCAAGAUUUGAUUUGUUGCUAAUAGUAGAUGAAAGGUAUGAAAAAAUUAAUGAACCUCGAGUUGAUAAGGAGCAAUUUCAUGUGCUUGUUGAAUAUUGGUGUAGUGAGAAGGGAGAGCUAUGACAAUUUUGCUAUGUUGUUGACAUUUUUCCUAAUUUUCUGUUAUCACAAAUAAUUGCUACUUUUCAUUUUCUUCCAGAAAAUUAGCAAACAGAAUAAAGAAAACAGGCAAAAACUUGAAGAGCCCCAUUGCCUAGGCACUAGGACUUUUGCACGAUUUGUCAAUGAGAAGGAAAGCUUUGUUGAAGGAAGAAAGCCAUCAAGGGCUGAACUCUACAUUCAAAGUUGAAUAAAAAAGGAUGGGGGACCUAUAAGUGAAAAGGCAAGCCAAGUGAUGCCGUCUGUAGACAUUUUCCUUUCCCUCCUCAUAUUCCCAAUUUUCUCGCCCCAAAUUCUGAGUUUCCCUCCCCGGUAAGCCUAAGUAUUUCUGUCGCUCUCCCAAAUCUCCAAAAUUUGGAAUUUGGUUUGCUAAAACUCAAAAACCCAUUCAAACCUAACUACAAAAUUCAAAAGCCCGACUCUAAUCCUCCCCAAAUUCUGAGUUUCCCUCCUCAAUAGGCCUAAGUAUUUCCAUCCCUCUCCCAAAUCUCCAAAAUUUGGAAUCGAUUUUGCUAAAACUCAAAAACCCAUUCAAACCUAAUGCAAAAUUCAGAAGCUUGACUAUAAUCCAUAAACGACAGGAGGUCAG